GCCAUCACGUCGCCGGCCAGGACGUUCCAGCCCCCGCCCCCCCAGGAGAGCCAGCCGGUGACCGAGCGCCUUCGCGCUUGUCUGGUAGCCGCCUCGGGCCGCCGGUUACGAACCCCGGGAGCAAGCGGCCCUGACAGUGAAAAAGCAGUCUGGCUCCCGAGGUUCACCCCCUCCACCCCAAGGUCCAGAUGGCGGCCAACGUGGGUGAUCAGCGCAGCGCAGAUUGGUCUUCUCAGUACGGCAUGGUGGCUGGUGCCAGCAGAGAGAACGGCAUGGAGACUCCCAUGCACGAGAACCCGGAGUGGGAGAAGGCUCGGCAGGCCCUGGCCAGCAUCAGCAAAGCAGGGGCUGCCGGCAGCUCCAAAGCCAGCAGCAGUGGGCCUGUGGCCAGCGCACAAUAUGUCUCUCAGGCAGAAGCCUCGGCAUUGCAGCAGCAGCAACAACAGUACUACCAGUGGUACCAGCAAUACAACUAUGCCUAUCCCUACAGCUAUUACUACCCGAUGAGCAUGUACCAGAGCUACGGCUCCCCCUCCCAGUAUGGGAUGGCCGGCUCCUACGGCUCAGCUACAGCCCAGCAGCCAUCGGCUCCCCAGCACCAAGCGACUCUGAACCAGCCUCCAGUGCCUGGCAUGGAUGAGAGUAUGGCCUACCAGGCCUCUGCUCAGCAGCUACCUGCAGCCCAGCCCCCUCAGCCCUCAAACCCUCAGCAUGGGACACACGGUCUAAACAAUGGCCCGCAGCCGGGAACAGCCCCAGCCACUCAGCACAGCCAGGCAGGGGCACCUACAGGGCAGACCUAUGGGCCACACAACUACAGCGAGCCUGCCAAGCCCAAGAAGGGUCAGCAGCUGUGGACCCGCAUGAAACCAGCCCCUGGGACUGGAGGUCUCAAGUUCAACAUUCAGAAGCGACCCUUUGCUGUCACCAACCAGAACUUCAGCUCCAGUGCAGAGAGUCCGCACAGCAGCUUUGGCUCCCAGCCCAGCUCGGAGAAAGCUCAGAGCCAUAGUGGGCCUUCUGGCCGGGGAAACCUGUCUGGGAAGCCCGAUGAUUGGCCGCAGGAUAUGAAGGAGUAUGUGGAGCGGUGCUUCACGGCCUGUGAGUCAGAAGAGGACAAGGACCGCACGGAGAAGCUGCUCAAGGAGGUGCUGCAGGCCCGCCUCCAGGAUGGCUCUGCCUACACCAUCGACUGGAGCCGAGAGCCUCUGCCUGGACAAUCUUGGGCUUGGUCCCUUUCCUGCACCACAGUGGCAGAGUUGCCGGGGCUGACCAGGGAGCCUGUGGCUGAGAGCCCCAAGAAGAAGCGGUGGGAGGCCCCUAGCAGCCUUCACCCUCCCAGGGGGGCAGGCUCUGUGACCAGGGGCGGGGGUGCCCAAUCCCAGCGAGGGACACCUGGGGCUGGGGGUGCUGGCCGAGCCCGGGGUAGCAGCUUCGCCAAGUUCGGCAACCGCAACGUCUUCAUGAAGGACAACAGCUCUUCCUCCAGCACAGACUCGCGCUCCCGCUCUUCAUCCAGGUCUCCUCCCCGUCACUUCCGCAGAAGUGACUCCCACUCAGACUCUGACAGCUCCUACUCAGGGAAUGAGUGUCACCCUGUAGGCCGCAGGAACCCACCCCCCAAGGGUCGGGGUGGUCGUGGGGCCCACAUGGAUCGGGGCCGAGGCAGGGCGCAGCGUGGAAAGAGACACGACCUAGCUCCCACCAAGCGCAGCCGCAAGAAGAUGGCAGCACUGGAGUGUGAGGACCCCGAGCGUGAGCUUAAGAAGCAGAAGAGGGCAGCGCGCUUCCAGCACGGGCACUCGCGCCGCCUGCGCCUCGAGCCUUUGGUGCUGCAGAUGAGCAGCCUGGAGAGCAGCGGCGCCGACCCUGACUGGCAGGAGCUGCAGAUUGUGGGCACGUGUCCUGACAUCACAAAGCAUUAUCUGCGGCUCACCUGCGCCCCAGACCCGUCCACUGUGCGGCCUGUGGCUGUUUUGAAGAAGUCUCUGUGCAUGGUCAAGUCCCACUGGAAGGAGAAGCAGGACUAUGCCUUCGCCUGUGAGCAGAUGAAGUCCAUUCGGCAGGACCUGACGGUGCAAGGCGUCCGCACGGAGUUCACUGUGGAGGUGUAUGAGACGCAUGCCCGCAUUGCCUUGGAGAAGGGUGACCAUGAAGAAUUCAACCAGUGCCAGACACAGCUCAAGUCGUUGUACGCAGAAAACUUGGCAGGCAAUGUGGGUGAAUUUACCGCAUACCGAAUCCUCUACUACAUCUUCACCAAGAACUCUGGAGACAUCACGACGGAGCUGGCGUACCUCACGAGGGAGCUGAAGGCGGACCCCUGCGUGUCCCAUGCAUUGGCGCUGAGGGCAGCCUGGGCCCUAGGCAACUACCACCGUUUCUUCCGGCUCUAUUGCCAUGCACCUUGUAUGUCUGGCUACCUUGUGGACAAGUUUGCAGACCGGGAGCGCAAGGCUGCCCUCAAGGCUAUGAUCAAAACGUAUGUGGCACCGCACUCCGCUGCUUCUGUGCCGUGGCUCUGCCACGCCCCCUCACACCCUGGUCAGCCUUCAGCUCCUCUGCUGGAGUUCCCUCCCAGUCCUUCCUUCCUUUCCUCCUCAGCCACUCAGUUUCAGCUCUCCUCCCCUUCCUAUGUCACGGCUCCUGGUGUCAUACCCUCCUCUCUGCCUCCUACUCUCUGUUCACAUCAGCUUGGAACCUGGGUUUUCUUCCCCUUUCUGGGCUUUCGCCUGCAGCUCCUUGCUGCUCUUCUGACAGGCUAGAAAGGGUCUCCUGCCUCACGCUAGGAGUCUCUUGAGGGGUGAGGCCUUGUGCCCACUUCACUCUCGAGCAUGAGAAAUAUUUUGGGACAGUGUGAUAGGGAGGGGACCUGCGGCACAGGGUGGUGUCGCCAGGCCCUCUAGGUGUCAGACUGCAUCGGGCCUGCCCAUGUGGGGAAGAGGUGUGUGCGCCCCCCAUCGUUGUCACAUGGGUGUGGAUGCUGCUGUCAACUAGUGGGUAGAGACACCGGGGAUACGGUGCAACAAAAAGCCCCACAGCAGUAUGUGCCAGUCUUUCCAAGGUUGAGAAACCUGGUCAAGAGGUCUGUUAGGAGUCUCAAGGCCUUGAAUGCCAGGCUGAGCAGCAGCAUUUUUUCAUUGCGGUGCUGUUACGGUGGGACCUGCAGUCUGUGCGUCAGGAAGCUUGCUCUAGGAUUUUGUUUUGGUCAGUCUGUCCCAGGGGAGGGGCUCUGGUAUGGACAUGGCUCCAGAUUUGACUGAGAUGAUGAGCCUUCCUUUUGUUUUUGUUUUUUGUUUUUUUGGUUUUUCGAGACAGGGUUUCUCUGUGGCUUUGGAGGCUGUCCUGGAACUCACUUUGUAGACCAGGCUGGCCUCGAACUCACAGAGAUCCUCCUGCGUCUGCCUCCCGAGUGCUGGGAUUAAAGGCGUGUGCCACCAAGGGAUCAUUUCUAUAGUUCGUUACUAGAGCCUUCCUUUUGUGAUUCCAUAGGCCCCUCCCUCUGUGCGCAGCCCUCAAACCUCCUCAGUGGUGCAAGUGAUCCUUAACUCUGUUCAUAGUCAGCCAAGGCUGCACAGCACAGAUGGUCCUUGUGUGAGUGCUCGGGGCUCUGGCCCGUGUUGACCUCAGUCACACAGCGCCCUCCCUGUGAACUUGGCACAGCCUUUCUUGGCAGACAAAUCCCUGCCAUGGCCUGGAAGGCCACUUGAGAGACAGGGAGGCUGCCCUGUCCCAGAGCCAUAAGAUGCCUGGGUUCCAGAUAAUGAUAAAUAGGUGAGGCUUCCUGAGUGGCCAAAGGCUGCGGUGGCCUGCAGGAGAGGUCACCAGAGCUAGUAGGACACAUCCACACUUAAGGCACCUUAGUACCAAUCGGGAGGCACUGCUGAGUGACACUGCAAACACCCUGGAGGGUGGGGCACCACUGUCCGUACCCUCUGAGCCCUGUAUCACUUACUCUGUCUGGCUCCAGCCCCUCAGCCAGCAGAGGAGCCAGCUUGGCCCUUUCCCUCCUGCCCCCUCCUUCCUGGACAGGUAAGUGUGGGCAAGGGGGGGCAGCUGGGCACUGGGGCUACAACCCCAUCCCUGGCCCCCCCAAGCCCCUAACUUGGGGAGGUCGGGAGGGGCUGCAGAAGCCAGCAGAUUCCUUGCUGAGGAAAACUCUGGGAGCCCAGAUGGGGAGUGCUGCUCCCUGCUCGUGGGCCCUCCCUUGUCUGCUCGCCUCAUCAUUUUCUCCUCUUGUCUCCAUAGCUUCCGCCCUGCGCUGCCUGUCUCCUACCUGCAGGCCGAGCUGGCCUUCGAGGGCGAGGCCGCCUGCCGGGCCUUCCUAGAGCCCUUGGGCCUGUCCUACACGGGCCCGGACAACUCCAGCGUGGACUGCCGCCUCAGCCUGG